UCUCAAUGCUGUUUCCAAUUUAUCGUUUCCAAGACCCAAUAUUUCAUUUUUAUUAUUUUUUUUUAGUUUUAUUUUAUUCGACUUUUUAUAGUUUAAUGUUUUAAUAUCAAAAUUACGUCCGUUACGAGUUUUUCUUUAAGUCAGAAGGAAUAAUUAUUUAUAAUUACAACACUUUAUUACUGUAUUACUAUUACAAACAAACAAUUAUUUGUAAAAUGAAGUGACAAUUUUAGCAAAAUGCCAAAAAGGAGACACCAGAACAUAUCUGCAGUAAGUAGUGAUGAAGAAGACAGCAGCGAUGAAAGUUAUGAGGUCUCAGUGCCAUCAACGAGCCACCGAGUUACUCACUCGCAAGUGACCCGAGGCUCUAAAACAUCUAAAAUCCUUCCUUUUUUAUCUCAACCUGCUGACGUAUCAUCAAAACAAAGAGUUUUGACGCAGCUUGGGUCACAAUUGACAGACUUUGAGAAAGAGAUUAUCAUCGACAAGGUCUUGAAGAGAAUUGUAUCAAAGUACCUUCUUACCCAGAAGACAUUCAGGAAAACAGCCAUGUUUUUACCCGAAGAUAAAAUUAAACCAAAACAGCAGGAUUCACUGAUACCCAUGAUCAAAGAAAAGUUGAAAGAGUAUACAAAGCUCGAGCUGGUGACUGAUGGUAGUAGAUUCAUGGUUUCGAUACCAAAAGCGCUCCAAACUGAAAUUCUGUCUCAAAAUCAUCCCAGCCAAAGCACAGAACAUAAAUCAUAUAACAGCGGAGACGCAGAGAAUUCUUUAUGCAGCCAACCGGUGCAACCACCAGAUGAUAUUACUCACGUUUUACUCACUAUAACUUUGGCUGUCAUUUAUUUCUACCGGGGAAAGAUUUUAGAAGAUGAACUUAUAGAAAAGAGAUUGCCUCAAAUUCUACCAAUUAUUAACUCAUUUUUCUUGUCGUCUAAAGAUUUAACUAAAACCAUGCAGGAUUUUGAACAAAGAGCGUUCAUCGAAAAGAAAAUGUCAAUAAGUGACCCAGAAAACCCACCAAAGGUUUACGUUUAUUGGGGUUUUAGGGCCAAAACUGAAGUCGACAAGAAAAUGCUUCUUCCUGUAUAUUGUCAGCUUGCUGAUUGCACAACCAAUGAUUUACCUUUAUGGCUGAAGGAAGCGAUUGAGAGUGAUGUGGAUUUUUAACGAAGGAUUUUAUUUAAAAUUUGUAAAUUUUAUUAAACAUUUAAUUUUU